AUGGAAAAACCUCGUGCACCAUUACCAACAUUUGUUCUUCGUUCAUUUUCAUCUGGAGUCACAUGUAUUAAAUAUGAUUUAACAGAUUCUUUACGUUUAUAUACAGCUGAACAACAAGGUUCGGUUUAUUUAUAUAAUCUUCGUACUCGCCUUCCAAUUCUUUCAUUACCUAAUGCACAUACAUCAACAGUACUUGGUUUAAAUCAAUUCAUUGAAAAUAAUAAAUUAAUUACAUUUAGUAAAGAUGGUUUUGUUAAAGUUUGGAAUGAACAAGGUCAAUGUGAAUGGGAUUAUCAAACUCAUCAUUGUUCAUUUUCAAAUAGUGAUAUUAUUUCACCAAAUUUAAUUGUUGUUCCAAUUGGUAGUGAUAAUUCAAUGAUUGCUGCACUUGAUUAUCAAUGUUCAAAUCCUAUUGUUAAAAAAUUCAUACCUAUAUCAACAGAGAUAAAUAAUGGUAUGAUAAUGAAAUUACGUGUUUUUGAUAAUCGGUGGCUUUUUGUUGCUUAUGAAAAUGGUUCAUUAAAAGUGUUUGAUAUACCAACAACAAAACAAAUUGAUUCGUAUCAGAUAACAUCUGAUCAUGAACCAGUAACAGCUUUGGAUGUUAUUUGUAAUACAUGUUUAUGUGGUACAACAAAAUCAGAUUUAAUUUCAUUGGAUUUUUCACUAUUAAAAUUACAACCUACAUCGACAUUUCGUCAAAUUGAAAUGCCAAAUGCUGGUACAAGUUUUAUACGAUGUCGACCUAAUGAUGGAAAAUUAAUAGUGGUUGCUGGUUGGGAUUCAAGAAUAAGAUUAUUUCGAAGAGAAACAGGAAAACAAUUAGCUAUGUUAGAUUUACAUCGACAACAAGUUAAUUCAAUUGAUUUUGAUUUUCAUACAAAACAAAUGGCUUGUGCAAGUGAAGAUAAAACCGUAUCAAUUUGGGAUAUUUAUAAUAAUGAUAAUAAUAAAACCAAAACUAACUCAUAA